AGCAAAAGGAAUAAAAAAAAACACUUCUUGUUCGUCAAGUCGCCUCGUGAUUUCUUCAUUGUCGUCGGAGAACAAAUCAGAAGCGAAAUCGAAGAGGAGAGGUUCGAAGGCAGGAAAAAUCUAGGACAGAUCUGUAACAGAGACAGAAGAUGGAGUGCGUGUUUGGUCUCGUUGGGAACGGGUUCGCCAUCGUUGUGGCCGAUACAUCUGCCGUUCACAGCAUCCUCGUCCAUAAGAACAACGAGGACAAGAUCAUGAAACUAGACUCUCAUAAGCUCAUCGCCGCCAGUGGAGAGCCUGGUGACCGGGUUCAAUUUACGGAGUAUAUACAGAAGAAUGUGGCGUUGUAUCAGUUCCGAAAUGGAAUCCCUCUGACCACCGCCGCCGCCGCGAAUUUCACUCGCGGAGAGCUCGCCACCGCUUUGAGGAAGAAUCCGUAUUUCGUGAACAUACUGUUGGCUGGGUACGACAAGGAGACGGGCCCAUCACUCUACUACAUCGAUUACAUCGCAACCCUUCACAAGGUUGACAAGGGAGCAUUCGGGUACGGCUCCUACUUCUCGCUCUCCACAAUGGACAGGCACUUUCGGAGCGACAUGACCCUGGAAGAAGCCAUCGAGCUGGUCGAUAAGUGCAUACUAGAAAUCCGGUCAAGGCUGGUGGUCGCGCCUCCAAACUUUGUGAUAAAGAUCGUCGACCAGACAGGAGCUCGCGAGUAUGCUUGGCGUCAGUCUGUUAAGGAUGUCUCUACCGCAGCUGUCUAAGUUAUAAGUUCCAAGUCUUAAGAUGUUUGGAUUUAUUAGACGUUAUUAUGUUCACUCUGCUGCUUUUGGCUUUUUUUUUUUUUUUUUGGAACUUUUGUAUUGGAAACUCUCGAAUGGGAAAACUAUGAACACUUGUUAUUGAUCUUUGAAAUUGUGGUUGUUUCUAGUUUGUGAUA